AUGCCGAGAAGCUGGAAUCCGCUCAAGGGCUUCUUGGGCCAUAGCAACGGCGCCAAUGGCUCUGGACUCAAUGGCUCCGGCGCAACCGAUCGCCAUGCCUGGCUACACGAGGAAGAGAGAGCUCUCCUUCCCCACUAUCGCAAUCAGGAUAUCGAAUCGGUCAUCGACCCCAACGAAGUCACCAAGAUAUGUCUGCGCCUCCGACACCUGAUCCGCGAGUGCAUUCCCUGUGAGCUUGAAGAGUCCCAAAUCACUCGCUCUCACAGCACAAUCAUCACCAAAAAGGUCAUCAAGGCUGCCAAGGAGGCUGGUGGCCACCGGAAUGGGGCAUGUGUGGUUUACGCGCUGCUCGUCAACCUGCACUGGUUCAAGCGGGAGGCCCAACUUGAGCUGUGGGAUGCCGACCUACACGACCUUCGUGCCAUUGCCUGCACCGUCAUCGCCAAACAGAUUAUUGAGACCGAGGAAAAUAUGGAAUAUCUGCUGCACAACGUUCUUCUCCGCCGCUACUCGUUCCUCAUCGAUAAUGUCCCUACUGGGCCCGUAAACGUCAUCGAAAUGGCCGUCGACCUGCACGCCGUUCGUGUCAUCGGCUCCUCAGGCUACCAAAAGUGCAUCGCCUACCUCUGGCGCGGCUGGCUCGUCCAGGACGAGAACGACCCCUCUGUGUUCGUCGAUUACAAGGACAAGGACAACCGCAGUUUCAUUGUCCACAUGGACCCCGAUCGUAUGCGUGCCCCUCGCUACCAGAAUGCCGCCCAGGUGGUCUUCUCCCUCAUCUACCUUGGCCUCUACACGGCCGCCAUCAACUCGGUUAAUCCCACCGGUGUCCUGGACGGCGCCGAGAUCGCCCUCUACAUCUUCACCUUCGCUUAUGUCGCCGACGAACUGGUCAAGUUCUACAAGGCGGGCUAUCACAUCCUUGGUUUCUGGAACGCUUUCAAUGGAACCCUUUACUCAUUCCUGACUGUAUCGCUUGUCUUCCGUAUUGUUGGCCUGUCGUAUACGAACAACAAGGACGCUCACAAGUACUACAACCAACUCAGCUACAACUUAUUGUCCUUUAUUGCACCAUUGUUCUGGGGCCGUCUGCUACUCUACCUCGACAGCUUCAAGUUCUUUGGCGCCAUGCUUGUGGUGCUCAAGGUGAUGAUGAAGGAGUCUGUCAUCUUCUUUGCCCUGCUAGUCAUCUUGGUCAUUGGCUUUCUACAGGCCUUUAUCGGUCUGGACAUCACCGAGGACAAUGUUGCUGGUGAUGUUUGGUUCAUCAUGGAGUCGAUGUUGAAAGCAAUUAUGCAAAGUCCCGAGUUCGAGGGCUUUGAGUCGUUUGCACACCCGUGGGGACUGAUCCUUUACUACUGCUUUACCUUUGUGGUCAUGAUCAUUCUCCUCAACAUUCUCAUUGCCCUCUACAACUCAGCCUACGAGGACAUUUACCAGAAUGCCGACGACGAAUACCUCGCCCUCUUCGCCCAGAAGACGAUGCAGUUCGUCCGAGCCCCUGAUGAGAACGUAUACAUUGCGCCGUUCAACAUCUUGGAGAUUGUCAUUUCUGGGUUGCUGGAGUGGUGGAUGAACAAGAAAACUUACGAGUUUAUUAACGACUGUGUCAUGGCCGUCCUCUACUCGCCCAUUCUGUUGGUAGCAGCAUUCUUUGAGACACGCACGGCGCACGCCAUCCGCAUCAACCGGUCGCGAGGUGAAGAGGAUGACGACCAGGUUCACGAGUGGGAACAACUGGCCCACGAGAUGGACUUUGAGGGUUCGGGCUGGGCUAAGACGUGUGAGAUGGCGAAGCCCAACGUCGAGGAUGAGCCGGCUGUGAUUGAAGUUCGCAAGCUACGUGCUGAGUUGGACGAUCUGAAGUCGAUGCUGUCUGAGAUGAGCAAGGCCAUCCACGCCCAAGCGGAGCAGACUCAAAACCAGAAGACCGAGGCAGCACCACUUUCGGACAUGCCAGAGACACCCGCGACGCUAGAAGCACUUGAAUCUUCAGAUGUGCUGUCGGCAUCUGAAGCUACCGAGACCCCGGAUGCUGCAGAAGGUAGCAAGACUGGAGGUAAGAAGAAGAAGAACAAGAAGAAGAACAAGGGCGGUGCGGGAGCCUCGGGCUCUGGAGGGCCUGCAGAAUAA